UCUCUCUCUUCUAUAAAUUCAUCUCUCAGCCCAUGUAAUUUCAUCACAAGACAGCAAAGCUAGCAUAACAAAGCUUGUGUUAUUAGCUUUCAUUACAAUGUCUGCAACUCCCAUGCAUUGCAUGGUCUUCGUGUUGGUGGCCGCAUUAUCGACGGUCUGCGGAGCCGCCCUGACCGUUGGUUUCUACAACAGAACAUGCCCGACGGCUGAGCGAAUCGUGCGGCAGGCAGUUGCCAAUGCCUUCGCCAACAACUCGGGUCUCGCCGCGGGUCUCAUCCGCAUGCAUUUCCACGAUUGCUUCGUAAGGGGUUGUGAUGCGUCGGUGCUGAUAGACUCAACGGCCAACAACACAGCUGAGAAGGACUCACCGGCCAACAACCCUAGCCUCCGUGGCUUUGAGGUGAUUAACGCGGCCAAGGCUGCACUCGAAGUUCAAUGCCCAAACACAGUCUCUUGUGCCGACAUCAUUGCAUUCGCUGCUCGGGACAGUGCUUCCCUCGCCGGGAACAUAUCAUACCAAGUCCCCUCAGGCCGAAGGGAUGGUCGAAUCUCCAAUGUGACUGAGGCUAACAUUAAUCUCCCACCACCAACCUUCAAUGCCAACCAACUAGUGGCCAGCUUCGCAGCCAAGAACUUAACAGCUGAGGAAAUGGUUAUACUUUCUGGGGCACACUCCAUAGGUGUGGCGCACUGUGCCACAUUCACUAAUAGGCUCUACAACUUCAGUGGCACUGGUAGGCCAGAUCCAACCCUUAGUUCGUCCUACGCCGAGCUCCUCCAAUGCAAGUGCCCGUCGAAUAGCAACCAAACAGAUCCAACCGUCGUCGCACUAGACAUCAUUACGCCUAUCGUUCUCGAUAACAAGUAUUAUGUGGGCCUUAUCAACAAUUUGGGACUCUUGACGUCGGAUCACGCUCUUGUGACCAAUACGUCACUGGCGGCGAUAGUGAAUGAAAGUGUAAAUAAUCCGAGCGGGUGGGCCGCAAAAUUCGCGCAAGCAAUGGUGAAGAUGGGCAAUAUUGAGGUUUUGGAGGGCACCCGAGGGGAGAUCAGAAGGAAUUGCAGUGUAGUGAAUAGUGCCACUUCCAGCUCUCUCAUCAACACAUUGCUUGGGUAUGAUCUUGCUAGUAGCUAAGUGUAGUACAUGAUGAAUGAAUGUAUUUGAAUAAAGGCUGGAUGUAGAUCAAUCGAAUAUGGAUGAAUCUAAGCCGUUUAUCUUUAUCGUGA